AUGGUGAUCCUGGACGGAAGGUGUCUGUGCGUUGGAUCUUGCUGUUGCCUUGACCUACCGGUUCCCAAGCUGGACAGCAGCAAGGAGUCCUACAAAGCCCCUCCAUGCUUGCGGGCAAUCAAAGUGUCGAGCCAAAGAAGUUUGGCGAGCGAAGAGACCAGAGCAGAUGACAGGUCGAGCCGAACAACCUCCCGGGAUGCCUCGGGGCAGUGGAUAGCCGACGUUGAGCUGACAGGUUCUGGAUUGCAGUUCUAUCGCACCAGGAGGUUCGUCGCGAUGCCUACCCUCAUCACCAGCGACGACGAGUACAGCAGUGCCGAAGAGAGGUCUGAAGGCGGCGACUCAGGCCGGGCAAAGAUCAGGCGGGCUUUCUUCGACGAAGGCACUUGUCAUUGGUGA